AUGUACGCUGUAGUAUCGCUAGCUUCAACAAGCUUCUUCUUCAGCCGCAUUCUUCCACGACUGACACCAACGUGUAAAUCUCUGAUACACGAAACGCGGAAUCUGACCAGCAGCAGACGCAAUGUCGGAAGUUUGUCCGCAAGCGAUUGGGGCAGGGGUAGAAGUAAAAGUAAAAGAGUUUGUUUACACCCGCUGGUUAAAUUAACUAGUUUUGCCAGUCGUUCAUUUGACCCAGCACAACCAAACGAAGACUUUGUAUUUAGACAGUUGCUAGAAUAUAAAUCAUACACAUACACUUACCUUCUAGCGGAUGCAGCAACCCAUGAGGCCAUUUUGAUUGAUCCAGUUUUUGAGACAGCGGAGAGGGACAUGAAAAUUAUUUUUGAGUUGGGUCUGACACUGAUUUACACAGUGAACACCCAUAUUCAUGCAGACCACAUCACAGGCAGCGGUGAGAUCAAGAAGUAUUUACAAACCUGUAAGAGUGUCAUAUCAGAAGUCAGUAAAGCCAGAGCAGACGUCAAGCUCAAGGAGGGUGAUUUAAUCAAGUUUGGCAAAUUCAACAUUGAAGCCCGAAGCACACCUGGACAUACAGAUGGAUGUAUGACUUUUGUGUGGCAUGAAAAGGGGAUGGUUUUUACAGGAGAUGCAUUACUUAUCAGAGGUUGUGGGCGUACAGAUUUUCAGCAAGGAGAUUCUGCUACACUUUAUGGCUCAGUUCAUACAAAAAUUUUGUCACUACCACAGCAUUUUAAGGUUUUCCCGGCUCAUGACUACACAGGUCAAACCAUGUCAACCAUUGGAGAGGAGUUGAGGUUCAACCCCAGACUCUCUCGCCCCAAGAAUGAAUUCCUUGAAGUUAUGUCCAAAAUGCACUUACCAUACCCUAAACAGAUGGGUAAGUAA